AUGCAUCGACUCUUUAUAUUUUGCUGUUUCUUGCAAGUCUCUUCUUCUUAUGUGAUAUUCAAUGGAACAGUUCGGGCUCAAAUUAUCAAUCUUCACAACACUUUCCGCUCAAAUCUAGCUUUUGGUAAACAAGUUUGGAUUGGGAAAAGCAAAAACUAUCCGAAUGCGAGUAGAAUGUUUUGGCUGAAAUGGGACGAUGCAUUGGCAACGUCAGCUGGGAAAAGAGCCGCCUCAAAGGAUUGGAACAGUUACUGGAUGAUUUUUGGUCUUCCUUCAUUGACUUACACUCCAUCAACCGAUCCGAUAAACGAUCAUGACAAGGAGUCUUCCUAUCAGCUGUUUACCGGGAACACCUACGCGGUCGGUUGUGCUUAUCAAAUCGUGACACCAAAUCUGGGUGGAUAUGUGGUCGUUUGUCACUACAGGAACAAAGGUUUAAACGCAAACACGCCCGUCUACGUGGUCGGCACAACGUGUUCUCAAUGCCCGGCUGCCACAUCGACUUGCAAUGCUGUCAAGGGACUCUGUGUGAUGAAU